AUGCUGUUAUCGGCAAUUAUACGAAGAAAAGUUUAUAAAGAUCCAUACACAUGUUGGGUGUGUCUAGACGAAGAAACAGAUAUGUCAAAACAUAAAAAUGAAUGGAUUUUCCACACAUGUAAUUGUAAUCUUCAAAUUCAUAAGAAUUGUUAUUUAAAGCUUCAUUACAAUAAUAUUCAAAAGCAAUUUGUAUAUAUAUCAAUAGAACAAAAUGAAGAAACAAUAUACAGUGAUUUGCUAAGAGGAAGUUUAUGUUCAUAUAUUUAUUAUAAUGGUAAUCACCACUCCUUUUAUUUGCCAUAUAGUUCAUAUUUGUUAAACUCAGUGACAAUCAAAAAGAUGUUGUUGUUUCUUAAGAACACACUAAAACAAUAUUUAUUUGGUCCAAACUUACUUGGUGAUUCAAAAGGUUUUUUAUUCCAGGAUAGCAUGCCUUUUGAUGAGUUGAAAAAAAAACUUCCUGAGAUGUUCAAGAUAACAUCUGGACCAAACGAAUUAUGUCCACAAUGUCGUAAAGAUAUUAUAUCCAGUAUAAAGAUGAAUAUUAUAUCACAAUCAUAUAUUUAUUAUAUGUACGAUCAGGUCUUGAAUUAUGUUGAAGGGGUUUUCUUUAUACCUUUGUCUUUCAUAUUUCUAGCAAACCCAUUGGCAUGUUUAUUAGAAAUUGGAUUGUGGCAAUUUCGUUGCAUUUUCCCAGAAUCACAAUUAAGAUAUAUUUUAAAUAUUGAAACUACAAAAAGUUUAGAUGUAUAUUUUAAAAGUUUUAAGGGAAUAUCUAGUAUUGUCAAUGAAAAUAAAUUUAUUAUUAUUGGCUUACCGAUAUAUUUAUUUUCCAUAGUUAAGAACACAUUUUUUCAAUGGCCUGUUAUCGACAUGAUAUCUUACUACUGGAUGCGUUGUAUAGGUUUUAGACUUAUUAGUUAUCAAGAGCAUGGGGUUAAUUUGCAACUAUUAAAAAAAUGUUUUAAAUAUACAGAUUGGUUGGUUUGGGGUUAUUGUAUGUUAGAUAAAUAUAUUUAUAAAUAUAUUACACCAAAGUACAUUAAACAAUCGAUUAAAGAAGAUGCAACAGAUAUAAGGGAUAGAAAGAUUAAAUUUAGCAAAUAUUUUGUUCGACUUGAUGAAGGCUACUCUUUCCAGUUAACUAAAGCUUUUGUAUGGCCAUGGUUAGGUAAAUGGGCAGGUAAAUUAAUCAGCCUGACAUAUGUUAAUGUCAAAAGAUAUUUUAAUUUAAGAGAUAUAGAUAUAGUGCCAGGGUUUUAUGCAUCUCCAGAUGAAUAUGAGAUGAUUUUCAAUUUAUUGGGAAUGGGCAUAAUUGGAUUAUCAGGAUCGAUAUUAAGUUGGACGUCAUGGAAAAACAGAUAUGAGCGAAGGCUAAAAACUGAGGCAUUAGCUGAUAAGAUAGUAAAAGAAUAA